AUGCCGCCUGUAACGGGCCGUCCCAUAGGCAAGAGCCCGGGCCCACAGCCCAUCAUUCGUCGUACCCGAAGCUGGCGGGGCAUCAUGCAGGUACGCUUUAACGACACGCGCGCAGACCGCAACCAAAUAUUAAGACAUGCAUUUCUGUGGGCACCGAUGCGAAUAUUGGGUCUUGGCUGCCUCACGACGACUGUAAUGUACUUCACCGUUGGCCAUGAUCGCUUCAUGCACACGCUCUUCGGCUAUGAGUCGGAGAUGCACUACGAGGCGCGUGUGAACCCCGACGCAAGCGUCGUCUUUGGUGAUACGAUGCUGGACAAGGACCGCGCCUGGAAGUCCCCACUGCGUGAGUUAGAGAUGCCGCUGCAUCCCAAGCGACAGUUUGACGUGCUGCGGGACCCCAACUCCACAUGA